GGUAACAGUUAAGGCAGCAGAAUAAUACUAUCUGGCAGUGGCCCUGGGCGUGACUCGGCGCCCGUCAAGCAUUGCUCCCAAACCUAGGGCUCAAGAGGUGACGCGGCACUUUCCGCCGUGUUAUCAGCGUCGAGCCACAAGUCAUCAGGUUUUGUAACUAAGGCUGGACGUGAAAAUCAGUUACGUUACGGACUCGUCUUUUAAACGUUGACACCUAUGACUUUCAAAUGAGUAGUAAAUAACGAUAUGUAAGUUUAUGAUAAGAGCUGCUUGUUGCUAGGCACUUUAGGUAUUUGCCCGCGGUGAAUGUAGCCCUUUCAGAGUAUUUCCCUUCUCCGUACAUGUAUGUGGCGCCCACUAUUGAACAGGGCAGGUUUCGUUAGGUUAGGUUAGGUUAGGAUAAGAUUAAAUGGAGUUCGUGAGGGUAAUUUUGAGUGGGAGUCACUAUGAGGAUAUUUUCCAGAACACCCCGUGGUUAUCAUCGAAGCUACAGCCCAGCGCCUUCACUCAGGGACCAAAUACCCGUAGAGAGAUUGGGAAUAAGCGUCCCGUCAUCACGAGUGGCUGCGGCGAGAGGAAAUGUUUCAUAACUACAAUAGUCUGCGUGACAUUGAUUUGUUAAUGAUGCAAGGCAAGGCUUAUCUGGCUCAAGAAAAAAAUAAGCUGCCUCGAUGCCGACUCAUGGUAGCGCGAUAUCGGCCUGUCGCUUUUGUCUGAGUCACCUGAGAGUCACCUGAGAGUCACCUGUAUAUCCCGGUGCGUGGCGAGACUCACGGCAUCAGACUCAGGCAGGCAGGCUGUGAAAUGUUCUGAAGAUGUAAAUUUAUGUUAGACCGCAUGAGUGACAAGAAUCUCAAUACAGCCACACCUUUGAAACUGAUGCUGGAUUAUUAUAGUUUAUUGACCUUGAUUACGUUCACUGGCUGGUUUGAGAGUUGUUGUUUUUUUAUUUGAAUGCAAAGUGAAAGCUCGUUUUACUUGUGUUUGUUUGUUUUUAGAUAUGGCACAAAUUUCAACUUUUCUACACUCUACUCUCCCCUUCUGUCACGUUUAUUGUCAUGUUUCUAAUUAUGUUUAUUGUUCUUGAUAGCAUUCACUGCGUGUUCGGAGAGUUUUGUUCUUUUCUGAAUGCAACGUGAUAGUUUCUUUUAAUUGAACUUUUAGAUAAGGCAAAAAUCAACACCUUUCUACACGUUCCCCUCCUCUUCUGUCACGAGCUGCUGGAAGUGGUGAGGCGUGCAGGUGAUGGUGGCGUCGAGGGGGGGAGGUAGAGGAGGAAGGGGGGAGAGGAAGGGGAGGAGAGGAGGGGAGGGGGAGGAACAGGUGAGUCAAGAUGCGGGUCUCACCAUCACUCACGUCAUUAACACAUUGCGAACAUGAUCCAUUACCUACAAAUACUAACAACUACUCACCUAACAUUACCUUACGUUCUCCCCGGCACUAGAAAAGUUUACUAGUUUGAUCUUAUUGAUGUUGUGUUUGAGUCUAUGUUCGUUGUUGUUUUUAUUUGUUGCCGUUGUUGUUUCUCCCUAAUGGAUGUGGGAUGUGGGAGAAGUCGAUUCCUGAGCCUCCCUGUACUCCCAUCAGUCUGGCCGCAUCCUGCACCUCGAUCACUCUUGUCCCGCCCUCCCGAAGGCGAACACGAGGCAACAACAGACACUCAAGCAACAAAGACAGACAAAGACAAACACGAGACAACAACAAACACGAGACAACAACAAACACGAGACAACAACAAACACGAGACAACAACAAACACGAGACAACAACAAACAUAACACAACAACAAACACUCAAGCAGCAAAGCGUCGUGCUACGGAUUACUACUUCGUCUCGUGUUCAGUGAUCGCCGACUCGAAGAACAAGAUCGAGAUGAGACGAAGAGCUUGAAGAUCCUCGAGCCAUCAGGAGUGUCAGUAGACGGAUUUACAUCCCAUGGAAAUUUGAUGAGAGGCAAGAUGACGUCCUCGGAACCUUCUCCAGACCAACUUCAUCCUAAAAACUUCAGCAUCGAGCUCUCAGAGACUUCAUGUGGGGAGAGUCAGCCAUCCCAUGCACCCACGGACGAAGAUAUCAGUGAGUCUAGCAACGAGAGUCACCAACAAGCGAAAAACAGCAGCAUCCCUCUCCCUGACGCCUUACAUUCGCCGUCAGACAUCCUAAAGGGCGACGUGUUACUUCAGGCCGCACAAACCUUGCUGGAAGACGACCCUCAGGAACCCCAAGAACUCUUUCCCACCGUCUUAGGGCCACAAAUACCUCAGGAGCUACUCUUAAACAAUCUCGAGUCUCGCAAACAGUAUCUUCUUCACGACUUGCAGCCUCCGCACAGAGAGGACUACCAAACAGACCCUCAGAAGCAGCUGCCUGAAGACUUCGGAAGGAGCAUCGGAAGCAAAGAUGGUCUGCGUGCCUCUUUCACCCUCCCAGUCAUCGAGGGUUUUCUUGCGCCUCUCCAACAGGAUCUUGCGUCCGUCGGGGAGCUUUCUGCGGACUCCAUUCCUAUGACCCCAAGCCACCUCUCACCCCCGACAGGAUACACAGACGUUACCUACACGCCUGAGGUUCCUACGACGGCAACAACAACGGCAGUCACUCCAAAGAUGACACACAGAUUCAAGGAAAAGAAAAAGAACAAGAGUGUGUACAAGCACGUGCCCCACCGGGAGAAACCUCAACACCUGGUGGCAAGACGCAACGCACGGGAGCGGCGGCGCGUGCACUCCGUCAACGUCGCCUUCACCAGACUCCGCCGCGUCGUGCCCGGAACAAGUGGGCGGAGCAAGCGGGUGAGCAAAGUGAAGACGUUGCAGGGAGCCAUGGACUACAUCACCCACCUACAGGCGCUACUACAAGAGCCUCCUGACCUCUGCGACCAUGACUUCCCGGCCGUGUGUGCGCCGGUCCCCUACAGCGCCUAUCCCCCGGCCAUCAGAAUCCAAGUUUACCGCGAGGCAGCCGAGCCCUUGCAAGACUCCGACUUCGACCCCGCCAGAGAAGAGGACGAGACUCGCUCACGCCGCCCUGCACUGGGAGACUCGACCAACCCAUACUGUGAGGCGUGGUGGGGGCACUCCGAGGCACUCACCACCCCGCCCCACCACUGAACGUGACAGUAAGAUGAACGCCGUAGACAGAUGGGGCAUGGCAAGGGUCCUCUGGCGUGUUCAUCCGUAUAAAUCUAGUCAGGGUUGUUGUAUGGCAUUCCCUAGUCACCCGAACAUAAUGGAAGUCAGACAUUAGAUAAGUAAUUAAGCAUGAGGUAUACCUGCCGCGUUUUCAAGUGCGAUAACGUAGAUUGGAUUCAUAAUGACUAUAACAAAGACUACUGAUACGGAUAAGGGAGGGAUUAAUCUCGUAUUAGUGUUAAGUGCACGGGAAGAGUGUGUGUAAGCAUGCAUAUAGAUCCUUAGUUGACCGUAUAUAUAUGCGCCUUUACCUCCCCGUCUCAUUUUUCUAGUCAGAGGCUUCUAAAACGAGUGGAGGCGGGUAGGCAAGAAGUUCUAUAUUCCGGAGUGAAACAAAUCUGAAAGUAUCUCAUCCAUUAGAUCCACAUAAGGUCAUUGAGUCUUUAGAUGGCCUCUAGGAUCGAUCAGAGUCUGUCCACCACACUCAGGAGCCAGUAUUCCCUUAUGAGCAUAGCGGGACCUCAGUUUGCUUGUUUGAAGAGCCUGUCGUGGAGGUUGCUGGGCUCUCAAAGAACUGUUUUGUGAUCCUAGUGAUAGUUUUACGUGAACCCGGUUAAUUAAUCUUAGAAAAUAGUCGUAAUGCGAGCCCGAUACGUGCGGAAGGAAAGGGGAAGAGAUGGGG